UUUGUUGUUUACUAGUGAGUAGUGAAAGAGUUCUUUAUCUACAAGCAUCCCUUCCACUUCAAUUUUGGUUGCUCAUUUAACCACUUGGUGUCUCACUUGAUGAAUUCAAGAAUCGUGCCACACAGACUUGGUGUCUCUCUUGAUGGAUUCAAGAAUCGUGCCACAUGCAUUGUAUCAUCACGGAAACCGGAAAACAAUGUGAUGUGAUAGUCAACAGCGUAAUUCUAAACAAGGGGAUUUGGUUUCCUCAAGCUACCCUCAGGCCCAAGUACUCGUUCAUUGUGUGGCUUGCAACACAUAAUCGGUUAAUUAGAGGAGACAUAAUGAGAUCAUGGAAUGUGGGAGUGAACUCUAAAUGUGUUUUCUGUCGAGAACCAAUCGAGUCAAGGGACCAUUUAUUCUUCACAUGUAGCUACUUUUCUCAGGUUUGGGAAUCGCCUACUCGGGGCAUAUAUAUAUAUAUAUAUUCACGACCGCGCUUUAAUAAAAUAAAAAAAAACAACCGGAAUGUUUCAAAUUACGGGCACCGGAACGGCGGCUCCGGCAAUGUCUAUGGUGUUUCCGAAUUCAUCAAGACGACCGGUUAUGCUUCCUCUCCGGAGCGCAAAGACCUUCAAGCCUCUCGCAUUUCUCGAUCUUAAAGGAGGCAAAGGGAUGAGUGAGUUCCAUGAGGUUGAGCUCAAAGUUCGUGAUUAUGAAUUGGAUCAAUUUGGUGUUGUGAAUAAUGCUGUUUACGCAAACUACUGUCAACACGGUCGACAUGAGUUUCUAGAGAGUAUCGGUAUCAACUGUGACGAAGUAGCACGUUCUGGGGAAGCCUUAGCUAUUUCAGAGUUGACAAUGAAGUUCCUUGCACCUUUACGUAGCGGAGACAAAUUUGUGGUGAAAGCAAGGAUAUCGGGAACAUCUGCUGCGCGUAUGUACUUUGAUCAUUUCAUCUUUAAACUUCCUAAUCAAGAGCCUAUAUUGGUGGCGAAAGGAAUAGCUGUGUGGCUUGACAACAAGUACCGUCCUGUUCGUAUCCCAUCUUCGAUACGCUCUAAAUUUGUUCACUUCCUACGCCAAGACGACGCCGUUUGAUUCACUCAUCAGACCAAUUAAAUCUACUUAAUGGGCCUGUGAUUAGCCCAUGUCUUAUAAAUAUAAAUAUGUAUAUUCGGAUAAUGCAAAUGCCAAAUGCAACAUUGGAUUUCUCCCGCCGUUACAAGCCACCGAACUUGUGCAUAACAUGAGAAAACAAAAACACAAAAGUUGAACUCA